UCCGUUCUGCUAAGUCCGAAGGCCGUUACGAAACGGGGGAGUUCUCCUUGAGCCCUGGCCAUACAUCAUUUGGAAAGAAGGCUCGUCAAAAGCCGUCUGGUUUUCCAAACAGAUCGCUCUCAGGGUUUGCACAGCAUUCGGGGCACCGUCCCAAGGCGUUCCCUGAACCAGCCAUUCCAACGGUUUUGGACUUCGAUUCCCAUCUGCCCCAGCCAGCAGAUCCAAUGAAUACAUCAUAGGUGUGUGGUGAAGGACCGUUUGCCCCCUCGCGAGCCUGCCCCCCUUUUUGCACGCUACGUCCGAAGGCCUGUUCAGGAUGCGGCCACCUUUGGAGGUGAAGCCGUCGACUUUGCUGAAGCCGGUGGCUUUGGGGAAGCUGUCGGGCCGCUACCUCGCCCACCAGGAAGCCCUGCCUCACCUCCCGGUGCCGCCUCUCCACCAAACCUUGGACCGCUACCUCUUGGCUCUGCAACCCAUCAUCAGCGAAGAGGAGCUGAGCCACACCAAAGCGCUGGUGCAGGAUUUCCGCAAGUCGGGCGGCGUCGGGGAACGGCUGCAGAAGGGGCUGGAGAGAAGAGCCCGGAAAAAUGAAAACUGGCUCUCAGACUGGUGGUUGAAAACGGCAUACCUGGAGUAUCGCUUGCCGGUAGUUGUGCAUUCCAGCCCAGGUGUCGUUUUGCCCAAACAGGAUUUUCUGGAUCGUCAAGGGCAGCUCAGGUUUGCAGCCAAGCUGAUCGAGGGAGCCCUGGACUUCAAGACUAUGAUUGACAACGAGACCCUUCCUGUGGAGUACCUGGGUGGGAAGCCCCUCUGCAUGAACCAGUACUACCAGAUCCUCUCUUCCUGCCGUAUACCCGGCCCCAAACGGGACUCCGUGGUGAACUACGCCAAAGGGAAGAAGCCCUCCACUCACAUCACAGUGGUCCACAACUUCCAGUUCUUUGAACUGGAUGUCUACAGCAGUGACGGCAGCCCUCUGACAACCGACCAGAUUUUCAUCCAGUUGGAGAAGAUUUGGAACACUUCCCUUCAAACCAACAAGGAGCCGAUUGGGAUCUUGACUACCAACCAUCGCAACAGCUGGGCCAAAGCCUAUAACAACCUCAUUAAAGACAAGACCAACAAGGAGUCUGUGCGUUCGAUCGAGAAGAGCAUCUUCACGGUCUGCUUGGACGCCCCGAUCCCGCGGGUCUCGGACGACAUCUACAGGAGCCGGGUCGCUGCCCAGAUGUUGCACGGCGGGGGCAGUCGCUGGAACAGCGGGAACCGAUGGUUCGACAAAACCCUUCAGUUCAUUGUGGCUGAAGACGGCUCCUGCGGGUUGGUGUAUGAACACGCGCCCUCGGAGGGUCCUCCCAUUGUCGCCUUGCUGGAUCACGUGGUGGAGUACACAAAGAAACCAGAGUUGGUGAGAUCUCCCAUGAUCCCGUUGCCGAUGCCCAAGAAACUGAGGUUUAACAUCACCCCAGAAAUCAAGAAUGACAUCGAGAAGGCGAAACAGAACCUCAACAUAAUGGUGCAAGACUUGGAUAUCAAGGCCAUCGUCUUCCACCAGUUUGGGAAGAAUUUCCCCAAGUCGCAGAAGAUCAGUCCGGACGCUUUCAUCCAGAUGGCUUUGCAGCUGGCGUAUUACAGGAUGUACAGCCAGGCCUGUGCCACUUACGAGAGCGCUUCGCUCCGGAUGUUCCGCCUGGGCCGGACAGAUACAAUCCGCUCGACCUCUGUGGACUCUCUGAAGUUUGUGGAGGCCAUGGAUGAUGCCAGCAAGCAGGACCAGGAGAAAGUGGAGCUUUUGAGGAGAGCGACCCAGGCCCAUCGAUCCUAUACUGACAUGGCGAUUAAAGGGGACGCCAUUGACCGCCAUCUCCUGGGCUUGAAACUCCAAGCCAUCGAAGACCUUGUCAGCAUGCCAGAGCUCUUCAUGGACACAGCCUUUGCCGUGGCCAUGCACUUCAACCUCUCCACCAGCCAGGUUCCCGCCAAGACGGACUGCGUGAUGUGUUUCGGCCCCGUCGUCCCGGACGGCUACGGCAUCUGCUACAACCCCAUGGCCGAGCACAUCAACUUCGCCAUCUCAGCCUUCAACAGCUGCAGCGAUACCAACGCGGCCCGCAUGGCGCAUUACUUGGAGAAGGCCUUACUGGACAUGCGGCAGCUGCUCGAGUCGAAUCCCAAGUCCAAACUUUAAAAGGCGAAAAUCACCGUUGGAAAACUUUCAGGGGUGGGGUGGGGUGGGGGCAAAGACUGUCCAGGCUCCAGAUGUGGGCUGUGUGGGCCACCCGUGCUGAUGACAGAGAGGGUGGCCCCCCGUUUGCCUCUCUGGGACUACGAGGCGAAUGCAGAAAUCCGUACAUGUGCCUUCUUGUAGCUUGGUAGGGCGGACCUCGUCCUGGGAUUCCAAAAGUGCCCUGCGUUUCCCCCACCCCCAAGGUUGCAGACUGACACUUCCUCAUAAGGCAUCAUUUGUAUGUUUGUUUUGCUGUGGAAACAAUAUAGAAAACGUAUCCUUUCCUCCCUCAGCGGGCAAGUCGGGAAUUCACGCUCCCCUGCCGACACUGCGAAAGGAGCGGAGGAUCCUCAAGGCCACCUCUGGGACUCUUGGCUGGUUUGGUGUCGACCUUUACGGCAGUUCCGUGCCUUCCAAGGACCCCGUUAAGAUCCCCUUUGGUGCUAGUCUGGAGAGGAGAGGGUCUUUCCGCCCUAAUUUCUCCCAAGGGUUUUGGUCCCGUUUUGUUCUUUAUCCCGAGAGCGCUCCCCUCUCACCGCCGCCCCCGAAUCCGUCCUCGCAUGUUUGAAAAUCGUUUGCGUGGUACCCGUCGUCACAACGGGCACCUUCCUGUGGGUCGGGCCGUUUUUAUUGUUUGAACGUGAAACUCUCUUUACGUUAUUGUUGAAGAACAUGUUGGCAUCUCUUCUGGCCAGACUGCUGGAGGGUCCUCCUUUCUUUUUGGCUUGUUUGGCACACCUGAUAGUCAGGUACGUGAACACCGAGCCAUCUCAAAGCCUUGAGGCGUCUUGCCAGCCUUUGGAAAGCCUCCGGUAUGAUUUCUGGGGUUGGGUUCAGAUUUACGUCGUCUUGUUUUUCCUGGGCAGCAUUUUUCCCCCAUAGGGAAAAAUGGCAGCCACUGACGUAUAUAUGAGAAAUAACGGUGUGAAUGUGGAGAUCCCAUUAAGGUAGGGGACUAAGGCUGCAUAGAUAGCCCUGCCCUAAGCAUGUGACAAAGCCUUGGAAGGAGAUGGAACGUUUUGGAAUUAGCUUUUAGUUUUCUUUUCUCCUCUCACCCCAGCUCCAUCUUUUCCCCCCUGCUUGCCUUAACUAAAUGCCGGUAAGUUAUACUGUGACUCACCUGCACAGCUAACGAUUGUUCAAAAUCGCCGCCUUUGCCCUGUGCUACUUGUUUGAGGAACUUUUUCCUGUUCGCCGCUCAGUGGGUUGGAUUUUAUGCUGGAUCAACAGCACUGAAUCUAUGAAUGUAGGAAAUUCCCUGCCCUGGGUGGUAAUUUUAGGGUUGAAACAUCCGUGUGUACACAUACCACCACUCUUAAAACUUUUGGGGCAACUUCAAAUUGAACCCCAAAUACAUGGGCAUUCACAUCUGCAGAAAAGAUUCCCCUGAAACUCUCCUUUCCAAAAUCCAGUUUUGAAAUGGAAAAGCUAGAAAAAUUCAUACACACACAUACCUAGCGGUGGGGUUCAGUUAACUUUCCAGUCACACACUUUUGAGGGAAACCCUCUUGCUAAAUAAUGUGCCAUUGGGAGACUUAAAGGUGCUCACUUGGGUGCUAGAAGUACUUCUAUGUAGAUAGUCUAGAGAGGAAAGCUGGGAUUUUAAUUGGGGAGGGAAAGGGGAGAAUUAAACCACUGUACUCUUAGAGGUCUGCCAAAAUUAUUGCCUUGGUCUCAACUAUUCCCUUGGCAACUUUUAAAACCAUGAGGAUGUGGAGUUCUAAGUAACUGAAUCCUUCAUUUUUUUUAGGACGAUGAAAGGGGAAAUCAGGAACUAGAAAGACUCAGUAAUUUUUUCACCAGGGAUGAGGCGGAGGGAGAGAAGACAAAUACUCAAUUCAUACAGUGCAGAUCUGUGCAAUUGCCACGAUGCACUAUCAUUUCCGCAACAACAUAUGAUGCCAAGCGCCAAUUUGCCAAACCACUUGCACUUACUUUACAAUGUGCUGAUAACGUUUUGGGGGAAAGUUAACGGUGGCAAUCGGAUGCAGAUUUUAAGGCCGUGUCUUUGAAUGCGAACCCUGAAUUGUGGAUUGGAUUGUGCCAAACAGAUGUGGGUUUCUUGAACCCUUUGCUUCAUGGUUCCCGGUUUUAUCACAUCUUCUGCCGUACAGGUUCAGAGAUUUAUCUUGGCCGUCAUGAGGGUUGGGAACUUGAACCCCUCCUGCUAUAGAAGUGCCUUAUAUUGCCCACUCCCAGGGACGAAGGGAGAUUGUAUUUUUAAGUGUGUAGAACUGUUUACAAGAAGUUUGUGAGUAACAUUUGGUACGUUGGUGUUCUUAACUGCAAUCUUUGAUUUCCCCAUCCUCCUUUUUUGAUGUUUGCAGUGACCAGAUUCAGUGCUGGGGAUUAUAUAUAGCUGCUUAAAAACUGGGAUUUAUGUAUUAGGGUUCUUUAUCAAAUUAAUAUAUAAAAAUGGUGGGAGCUAGAAGCAUGUGCAGGAAUGCCUGGUUCAAAUCUCGCCUUACCACCCCUAGACCUAGUAGGUGGAUCGUUUAUGCCUGGCAGUGCCCACUCCCUGCAAUGAUAAUACUGACCUACCUUACUGGGUCGUUGUAAGGAUUGAAAUAACUUGGAAGAGCUUGGAACACUCGAAAGCUAAACCAUUCUAUUAUUUGAAAAUACCAAAACACUUAUGUAUGCUGCUUACUUAUAAGCUGUGGCCUUAAAGACUGUGAAGUUGUGCAUAUCCAAGCUAUUUUAGUGUUAGAAUUAGCGCUGUUUAACAGAUACUGCAAAGUUCUGGAUGUGCCUGAUUUUAUAUUACUUCUGCCGAGUGCUUGCAUGAUCUGCUUGUAAAUUUAACUAAAUUGUAUUAUUGUUGUUGUUGUUUUGAUAAUGUAUAAAUGGCUCCUGAAAGACACAGGAAUUCCGCUUUCUAACCCAAUUAAAAAAAAG